AUGAAACGUGUUGGAACUAAGAGGUCGAAUGUUGCUGAGAUCAGCUCUGAUGCCCUCGAAGCCAGGAUGGAUAUGCGUGGACGGUGCUCGGCUGGUCAACGUGUAUUGGCCAGCUUAAUCAUCCGACUUGCUCUUGCUGAAGUAUUUUGCCUUCACUGUGGUGUCCUAGCUCUGGAUGAGCCUACUACUAACCUGGAUAGAGAAAAUAUUGAGAGUCUGGCCUAUGCCUUAGUGGAGUAA